AAUACAAAUGGACAUCACCUCUGGACAAGCUGAUAUGAUUCUCCUCUUUUGCUUUAUCUUACCAUGUUUUCUUAUCUUCAUCACUUCAAAAUCCGGACGCAGUCCUCCUCAAGUAUCCGCGGUGCCUCCGGGACCUCCACGGUUACCCAUCAUCGGAAACGUCCAUCUUAUCGGAAAGAACCCACAUCGCUCAUUCGCAGAUCUCUCAAAAAUGUAUGGACCGGUCAUGAGUCUUAAGCUUGGAUUUUUAAAUUCAGUGGUCAUAUCUUCACGGGACGCUGCAAGAGAAGUACUAAGAACACAUGAUCAAAUCUUGUCUGCCCGGUACUUAAAUGCAGCGGUUCAAUCCAAUAAUCAUCAUGACUUCUCCGUGGCCUGGCUUCAUCCAACGUCUACUCGUUGGAGGAUGUUGAGGAAACUAUCUGCGACUCAGUUAUUUUCACCACAACGUAUCGAGGCCACCAAAGCAUUGAGGAUGAAGAGGGCGCAAGAACUUGUCAACUUCAUUAGUGAAUGCAGUGAAAGAGAGGAAGCUGUUGAUAUUUCUCGUGCAUCCUUCGUCACAGCUCUCAAUAUCGUAUCAAACAUUUUGUUUUCAGUUAAUCUCGGUAGCUACGACUCGAAAAAUUCAAAUGUGUUUCAAGAGUUGAUGACUGGUGUCAUGGAAGCUCUCGGAAACCCAGACUUUGCUAACUUCUUCCCAAUAAUGAGGUUUCUUGACCUGCAAGGUAAUAGUAAGAAGAUGAAAGACUACUCAGAGAGGUUGUUUCAGGUAUUUCGAGAGCUUUACAAUGCUCGGAUUGUGGAAAAUUCAUCACGGACAGGCGAGAAAGAUGUUUCAAGCAGCGACUUCGUAGAUGCACUCAUCGAUCUCCACGAAAGAGAACAACCUGAGAUCAACAAUAACGAGAUCGAACACCUACUUCUCGAUCUGUUCGCAGCGGGCACGGAUACAACCUCUAGUACCGUGGAAUGGGCACUGGCGGAAUUACUUCGAACCCCAAAAACGAUGACAAAAGUUCAAGACGAGAUCAAUCAUGUGAUAGGCGAAAACGGUGUCAUUCAAGAGUCUGAUAUUUCAGAAUUGCCGUAUUUGCAAGCGGUCGUUAAAGAAACUUUCCGAUUACACCCUGCUGCUCCACUUCUUCUCCCACGGAAAGCGGAAGCAGACGUGGAUGUCCUUGGUUUCCUUGUGCCUAAAAACACUCAGGUUCUUGUGAACGCAUGGGCCAUAGGAAGAGACCCGAAUGCAUGGGAGAACCCGAACAGUUUCGAACCAGAGAGGUUUUUGGGUAAGGAUAUGGACGUGAAAGGUAAAGAUUAUGAGCUAACACCGUUUGGGUCCGGACGUAGACUUUGUCCGGGAAUGCCUUUGGCUGUGAAAACAGUGCCUCUCAUGCUUGCUUCUCUUCUCUAUUCAUUUGACUGGAAGCUUCCUAACAGCGUCAAUUCAGAGGAUUUGGACAUGGACGAGACCUUUGGUCUCACAUUGCACAAGACCAUUCCGUUACAUGCCGUGCCUCUCAUGAAACGCGCUAUAAGUAUAAAUUAAUAAUGUUUUAUUAUGUUUGAAUGUAAUGGUUUCACAAACCAUAGGAAUAAUCAAUAAUCUUAUGAUUCGAAUACAAAUAAUUUAAAGACUCUGUUUCUGUCUUUUUGAGGCGUUUAGACUUUAAACUGUAAUAGUAACAAACAGUAAAUCAAAGAAAGAAAAAGUUUGGCUGAAUCAUUAAGAGGAAAUUAAA